AUGCACUUAUGGAGGUGGACGAAGUGGAUGACUGGUUCGAUAAGGCAGUGCCCGUUGAAAUAUUCGCAAACUUUAAGUUUGUUUGAAAAUAAAAUGAUAAUUACACCAUACAAUGCUGGACAUACUUUGGGUGGUACCUUCUGGUGUAUAACCAAGAGAUUAGAAAAGGUAAUUUAUGCCCCCUCAUGGAACCAUUCGAAGGACUCAUUCUUGAGUAGUUCAAGCUUUCUUUCAGCAUCAACCGGUAACCCAUUGUCUCAAUUGAUGAGACCCACUGUAUUGAUAACCAACACUGAUCUUGGUUCUAAUCUUCCCCAUAAAAAACGAGCAGAAAAGUUCCUCCAGUUGAUGGAUGCUACACUCGCGAAUGGAGGUGCUGUGGUGCUUCCAACGUCACUUUCUGGCCGGUUUCUCGAACUUUUGCAUCUCGUGGACCACCAUCUUCAAAGUCAGCCAAUUCCAGUCUAUUUCUUGUCCUAUUCAGGAACUAAGGUUCUCAAUUAUGCAUCUAGUUUACUCGAGUGGAUGUCCACUCUGUUGGUAAAAGAAUGGGAGGCUGCAUCUUCUGCCUCCAUGAACAGCACCAACAAGAAUAAUUUCCCAUUUGAUCCCUCCAAGGUUGAUCUCUUGCUGGAUCCCAAGGAAUUGAUUCAACUCAGUGGCCCCAAAAUCGUAUUAUGUGCUGGGAUAGAUAUGAAUAGUGGUGAUGUAUCGUUUGAAGUUUUGAAAUACUUAUGCCUGGAUCAGAAGAAUACGGUUUUGUUGACUGAAAAAACUCAUUUUGGUGCCGAUUUUAGUAUCAACGCCCAAUUAUUUACUGACUGGGUAAGACUCUCUAGGGAGAAAUAUGGAAAUGCCGAAGAUGGACUCGCAAUUGGCUAUGAAGGUACAAUUCCACUUCGAGGCUUAUCUCGAGAGGAUCCCUUGAGUGGCUCGGAGCUCACGUCAUUCCAAGAGCGUAUAAAUCACCAAAGAAAGAAGAAAUUAUUCGAACAGGUGCGUGAUAGAAAGAACCAAAAUUUGUUAAAUGCCGAUAAUCUUGAGGAAGAAGACUCUUCAUCGGAUGAUGGGGAAGACGCCGAGUCUUCUGACGAGGAAAUGCCAACCACCACCGAGACAGAAGCAGGAGCAAUGCCCGGUGCAAUUGACACAAAUGUGAAUGCAAUUGUCACCCAAGAUGCCUUUGUCGCUGACCAAGUCAAGCAAACCUUAGAUGACGAACUUCCUCUUGACGUCAAAAUUACCCAUAAGUUGAAGCCACGUCAGGCAAUGUUUCCGUAUAUCCCACCUCACAAGAGAAAGUUCGAUGAUUAUGGAGAAGUUAUAGAUAUCAAGGACUACCAGAGAGCCGAGGACUUGACGAACGCAAAGCUUAUUCUGGAUUCUAAGCGAAAGUUUGAGCAAGAAGACAAGUUGAAGUGGGGAAAUGAUGAUGACAGAAGAAGUGGUAGAGGAGGAGGCAUUCAAACAAAUCGUUUAACUCCUCAAGAAACCCUUAAUAAUCAGAUCUUGCAAAAGAAUCUCCAUACCCUCUUCCAGCCUCGCAAGAGAGUGAUUGUUACUAAAACGCAAGAUCUAAAGUUCAGAUGCAGUUUGUCGUUUGUUGACUUGGCAGGGCUUGUGGACUUGAGAUCUCUCAGUUUGAUCGUUUCAUCAUUGAAACCUUACAAUCUCGUUCUCUUGCCUGACCCAUCGAAAACAGCUGAUUUGGAUGAGGAGUACGAUGGCCUUCCGGCCGUGAAAAAAAUGUUUGAACAACUGCAAGCAAUGCAGGAGAAAGAACAAAAUAAACUGUCUUUAUUGCAUAGUUCUCGAGCACUUUCUUUGGUAUCUAUUCGUGGAGGUCUCAGUGGUCACUCGUCUGGUAAGUAUUCAGGGCCAUCACGAAUGGCAAUACAUGCUGCAGACUAUGAGACGAGCUUGAAGAUUGGAGUUGAUGAGCAAGAAGACUCGCUUGCCUUAACAAAUUUCGAAGUGGUUCUUGAAGAUGAGAUCGUCGAUACGUUGAAGUGGCAAAAAGUAGACGGAAACUACCGUGUUGCUCCUGCUUAUGGUGAGCUUGAGCUUCACAAUCCACACAUGCCAAGGAAGAAGGCCAAAACCGUUCCAGAUUACAUCAAUCCUUCCACUCAGUUCUCUUUGAAGUACAUAUCAAAGGAAGAAUUCAUGAAACGCCAAACCGAGGCGGGCCAAGCGAUUGUGCAACAAGAGGGAUCAAGCGGUCCCAAGUUUGCCAUUGGUAAUAUUCGACUUCCAGAACUCAAAAGAAAACUCAUUGCCAAAGAAAUGAAUGCCGAGUUCAAAGGUGAGGGUACUUUGGUAGUAAAUGGUAAAAUUGCCAUCAGAAAAGUUACCUACGGUAGCAUUGACGGAGACGAUACAGGAGACAUCGAGAUUGACGGAACAGUGGGACCAUUAUACUACAAGGUGAAAGCGUGCAUAAAAGAAAUGCUAGCGUACAUAUAA